GACUCAAAAUUUCCGUUGAUUUCAUAUCGGUUUCCGUCCUCAUCAUAGACUUGAUAUAAUUAUAAUGUAGAUGUACUGCUUAUACCGUUCUUUAAUCACGUUGGACAAGUCUCUCCAGUCAUCUUAAUAAUGUGGCAAUAUUUACUUAUUUUGUUUGCAGUGGCAUUUGGUAAUACUAUUCAAGCUGUAAUGAACGACACAACAGUAAGCAUGCCAUCAUCCAAUACUACGCAACCAGAAACAACCACACAAUCACCAAAUACAACGGCACAAAUGACAACAGCUACACAACCAACCACAAUGACAACAACACAACCAACGGCAACAACUACACAACCACCAACAAUGACAACUACACCACCAACAAUGACAACAGAUACACUAGACCAGGCGUCAACUUAUAGCACAGAGAUGUCAACAGAUGAAACAGUUUAUACAGCAAUGACCACCGAACCAGCAACGUUUUUGUCUUCAUCACCAGAAACGACAGACAAUACGACACCAGACAAUACGACACGCCCAUCACCAAAUACAACCACAGCACCACCAAAUACAACCGCAGCAACACCAAAUACAGACAAUACGACACCAGACAAUACGACACGCCCAUCACCAAAUACAACCACAGCACCACCAAAUACAACCGCAGCAACACCAAAUACAGACAAUACGACACCAGACAAUACGACACGCCCAUCACCAAAUACAACCACAGCACCACCAAAUACAACCACAGCAACACCAAAUAAAACCACAGCAACACCAUCUACAACAACAAUACGAACACCAACACCUCCACCUACAUCAUCAAAAACUACAGAAAGACUACCGCCAUCACCACAGGCUACAUCGCCGCCAUAUUACUUGAUAGGUGUGGUCCUAUUCGUGGUUACAGGCGUGGGUGUUGUGGUGUUCUUUCUACUAUACAAAAGAACAUCAAGACUUACACAAACAGUACAAAAUUUUAGAUCAGGGAGAAAACUCACAAAAAUAACUAGAACGCGGCCAAUUAUUUUAUCUAAGAUGAAAGCCGAAGUGGAAGCGUUUCAUCGUGAUGAUAAUUUACUCAUAAGCUUACAUUAUGAGGAUUUAACAAAAUUGAGUCCAAAAUUUAACAGCUUAGAAGCAAAAAAGGAAGAAAAUACACUUAAGAAUCGUUAUAUCAACAUCCAUCCAUUUGAUCACACUCGUGUUUGUUUACCUAUAAAAGAUGAGGAUGUCAACUCUGAUUAUAUCAAUGCUAACUACAUACCUGGUUAUAGUUCAAGUAAAGAAUAUAUUGCUACACAAGGACCAUUACCAGAUACAAUCAAUGAUUUCUGGAGAAUGAUCUGGCACGAGAAGGUUUCAAUAAUCGUCAUGUUAACAUCACUUAAAGAAGGUCACACGAUAAAGUGUGAACAAUAUUGGCCAGAUGAAGUAGAUGAAGUUAUGGAAUAUGGGCAAUAUACCGUAGAAAAAAUUUCAGAGGUGACAAAGAAAACCCACACAUGCAGUACUUUAAAGAUAUGCUGUAAUGAAGAUUCACAGAAUAACAAAAAGACAGAAUGCCGAACUGUGAAACAUUUUCACUAUUUACAAUGGAAAGAUAAGUCAGCUGCGCUGGAGAGAAGUGAUAUUUUACAAUUUAUACGAACAGUACGACAAAAUAUAAAAUCUAACGACACAAGUCCAGUAGUUGUUCACUGCAGUGCUGGUGUAGGUAGAACGGGUACAUAUAUAGCACUGGAUUACAUACAACAAUAUAUAGAUCAACAUGAUUUGAAUAAAACUAUAGAUAUAUAUGAAUAUGUAUUAAAACUCAGGAGUAAUAGAGUUUUAAUGGUUCAAACAGAAUCUCAGUAUUCGUUUCUAUACGAUUGUGCUGUACAACUGAUAGAAGAUAAACAGAAUAAAACACAAGAUAUAGAAUCAGAUCAACAGACAAAUCCUGAUGACCCAAUCUAUGAGAAUACGCGUGAUAGUAAUGGUGUCAUGACAACGGUUAUAUAACUAUUUUAUUAUUACCAUUUUAAUGAAAAAAUUAGGAACGUCAUACGAUAUGCCCACUUAAAAGGACAAUAACACUCUUGCUGGCUUGACAGCUCCAGAAAAUAAAAAAAUAGCCUUAUUCUAAGUACUAGAUGUGUUAGUGUCCUACCUGUUGUGUAAAUUAUCCAUUAAAUCCUAUUUUACUUGUCCAGAGGGUUCAAAAAUAUUUUUAAAUCCAAGUCACAUUUGAAAAGCUUUACGUCAGCCAUUUCAUUUAGUUGGAUUUUUCCAAUUUUUUAAAUUAGGUGUGUUAAGAUGAAAUUUGUAUAAUCAAUUAAUUGGAAUAUUGUAAAAUAGUGCAAUUUGUUGACCAGAAUAAAGAUUGGGACAUAUUAUUCAGUUACAACAAGAGUGGUAUUGAGCCUUUAAGUACUCAAAUUUAAUGUACAUUCAAAGGGAGGGAACUCGUUGAUUUGAAUUAUGAACUAUUGGAUUGAUUAUACUGUGUUCACACUGUGACCUGUUUACAGUAUUUACGUAUUUCCAACUUGAAUACGGAGUUCGAGCCAUGCUAUAUAGGUUAUAAUCGUACAAGUAAAACACCAGUACAACUGGUAAAUUAAGAAGAACAAAAUAGUUUAGACAUAAUUUAAUCUUAAUUAUCCAACACAUUGCAAAAUAGAACGAGAAUAUCAAAUAAUAAUUUACAGCAAAUAAAUAAAACACAAAUAAAAUUAUACAUCAAAUACUGCAAUAAUAAAAUACAAUCUAAUGUAAUAAUAACUUAUUUUGCAGAAUUUAAUACUGUCUGUACAUAUUUUAUCAUUGUGUUAUUUUUUCAUGUGUGCCCAUUUUGCCUGUGGCAUUAUCACCUGUGGUAUUUUACCUGUGCACCAUUUCUACUUUGCACACUCUUAUAUUAGUUUGACAGCGGAGUUUGCUGGAAGUAGUUUGUCAAGAAGUAUCCACCUUGGAUUGAUUGGCAAGUUAUUUCCAAGUCGGAAACUCAUAUUUACCCCGUAAAUACGACAUGAUUCGAUCGGAGAAGGACAAAUUCCACAAGAUGAUAUUUUUAUUUGGACAUAAAAAUCGUAAGUGAGCUUCUUUACAUCAAUAAGCUUACUGUCUCCCAUUUCUGAAUUUACAAUUUAAAACACUACAAGAACGUUCAGAGAUCUUAUUCACAAACACUGAAAUCAGUUAAAAUCGAUUGUAGCUUAAAAUUUGAGCUUUACUUAAAGAUGCAUUAUGUAAGAGCUAAAUCUUCCUAUUGCAGGUUUUUAUUUUAGUUUCAAAUGUUAUAUAAAUUAUUAUUUAAACAUUUAUUAACAUGACAAGCCCAUAAUCAACCCUCAAUGUUAAGUAGAUUAGAAUGAUUUAAUUUAAAAAUGGAUAAGCGAGGCUAAUUUUAUUCUCGAAUAACAAGUACCGUUGUUAAGAUAAUAAACAAUCAAUGCCAAAUCUUGCCAAAACUCCAAAUAGUGAUAAUGUCGGCAAGAAUAAAGUAAUUUGAAUGAAAUUUUCAAUAUAUUAAUUUUACAUUAACAAUUAUAGCCAGCUUUGUAUCUAAAUCUUACAUAAUACAUACAUGUAUUUAAGAUAUGUCAUAUUCACCAUACUCAUUUUCCCAAGAUUUUAAGUUACAAUCGAUUUUGAGUUAGGUCAGCUACUACCCUGCCCUAACUUAAAAUCCCAACAACCUGCGUGAAUAUAGAAUCUUAUUAAACUGCCUCGAAAAUCUAGAAAACUUUAUUCUAAUAAAUUCCUCAGAUUUGACGGUUUUGUCCAAUUCUUUUUCAGACUAUUAAAGUCAUCAAUCUGAUUAGAAUACAGAUCUAUAUUUCGUUUCGUUUUUUUUAUUCUUUCGAUGGCCUACACUACAUGAAGAUCUGACAAGUUGUAUUCGAAGGUCGUGUCAGGGGUCGUACGAGCGGCUUUUGACCCUAUGACGUUCCUACAUUGAUUAAUCAAUUAGCGUUGACGUUUCUAGUGGUUUACCCACAUUUCCGUGCAUGGCACGCCACGAAGUCGCCGUAACAGACCGUUUUAUUGGCUAAUCCCUCACUACAAAAAAACGUCGGUAAUAUAACAAUUUUCCAGAUCCUAGUGUAGUAAAGACAAGUAAAAUGAAAUUUUGAACUAUAAAAAACGAAGCGAAAUAGGAUCUGUGUUUUAAUCAGACUGUAAAGCCAUUUACCAUAAAAUAAUAAACAAUCUAGUCAAUUUGUUGAUGUUUAUAAUAUAUGUAAAAAUAUAAUAUAGUUAUUUAAAGUGUUUAUUUUAUAUAUAAUGGCAUAGUUAUUUGAACUGUUUAUAGUUAUUUAAAUUGUUUAUAUUAUACAUGUAUAAACACGUAUAGUUAUUUAAACUGUUUAUAUUUUAUUGUAUGAUAAUGGAUAUAUGAUAUUAUAUAUAAUUAUAUUAUUGUGAAUAAUAAAACAGGGCUUUAUUUCA